AAACAAUACACAUAACUAAAAGUAAUACAUUUGUAUUUUAGAGUGAAAACUUUUUUUUGGGUGAAAGCACUUAAAAAGAUGUGAUUUUGCGGAAUGAUUGAAAUUUUAAAUGCACGAAUAAAACACGUUAAAGAGUGCUGGUUACACAAUGCACUUAUACAUGGCAAAACUUAGAAUAAGUCGAUUUAAACACUUUUGCCAUAUUUGAAUGAAGUUAUACAAUGAUGUGUUUAAAUAGCAGGCCUUUUAAAUGUGUGGUUUAACCCGGGUUAAAGCAGUCUGUGGUGGGCCAUAGGUCGGUUAUGAUCGCUGUCUCAUUGUUCCGCCGGUUUGUGUGUUUGUUUUCGACACCAGAGCCAGCCUUUGGUGAGGUGAACCAACUCGGCGGUGUUUUCGUGAACGGCAGGCCGCUCCCCAACGCGAUCCGGCUGAGGAUAGUGGAGCUGGCCCAGCUCGGGAUUCGACCCUGUGACAUCAGCAGGCAGCUGCGCGUCUCCCACGGCUGCGUCAGCAAGAUCCUGGCCCGCUACAACGAGACCGGUUCCAUCCUCCCGGGGGCCAUCGGGGGCAGCAAGCCGCGGGUCACCACGCCCACCGUGGUCAAGCACAUACGGACAUACAAGCAGAGAGACCCGGGGAUUUUUGCCUGGGAGAUCCGGGACAGGCUACUCGCCGACGGGGUUUGCGACAAAUUCAAUCUACCCUCCGUCAGCUCCAUCAGUCGGAUCCUCCGCAACAAGAUCGGGAAUCUGUCCCAGCAGAGCCAGUAUGAGUCGGGCAAGCAGGGGCCUCACCCACCGCCCCAACCAACGAUACCCUACAACCACUUGUACUCAUACCCGACGUCCAAAGUGCCCACUCCCCCUGGCAUGCCCACCCUUCCCGGACACAUGGCCAUGCACAGGAUAUGGCCCUCCUCGCACUCCGUGACAGAUAUUCUGGGGAUACGGUCUAUUACAGAGCAACAAAUUAGUGACAGUGCAUCCUUUUCUAGCGCCAAACUAGAAGAAUGGAGCACUAUAAACAGGAUUCAUUUCCCUCCAGCAAGCUCUCCACUAGUCAAUGGCGUGGAUACACCGCAUUUAGAACCUGAAGCAAAAUACACACAGACGCUGAAUGGCUUGCCCACAGUGAACAGCUAUGUCACAGCACCCAGCAUCCCUCCCUAGCACCCUCCCACCACCCAAGUGUCACCCUACAUGGGGUACAGCGCCACCACGUCGGCCUAUGUGACCGGUCCCACAUGACAGCCGCCCAGUGGCAGUGCGCUAUCUCCCCACAACUGUGACAUCGCCACCUCUCUGGCUUUCAAGAGCAUGACAGCCAACCGUGACGCCAUGCACCCCGUCACUGCCUCGGCGCUGUGAAGUCAGACUGAUGGGAGAGAGCGAGGGAAGGGGGAGGAGGAGGAGGGGGGGGCUUGAGAGACAGCGAGGACAGGAGACAACAAGUCUGUCCCCUGUGGCUUCAUUUCAUUCCCGCUGCCUCUUUCCCAUGAUGGACUCGGCCCCAGGACCCAUAUUUGUGCCCCCUCCUCCUCCUGCUACACACAGUCAGACCAAAGACACACAAGGAAUAAACUGUCUUUUUUUUUUAUUUUUUUUUUUUUUUACAACAAACUUGUUUGAAAGAGCUUGCAGGACAGACAGGUGUACUGAAGGACUGAUGUAUGACUGCUCCUCUAUCCAUCAACACAAUUCCUCACAGAUUCUUUAUUGCACACUUCUGCAAAUGUCUUUGGGCGAAAAAAUGGGGUAAUGUAUAACUUCACAAGUACGCAAUCAAAGAGGGGAAAAACUUUGCAUUAGUGUUUCAGGGUGCUUAAUAAUUGUUUUUUUAAAUAUAUAUAUAUAUAUUUGUUUGUAUGCUUUUUUUGUGUUAUGUUUUGAUAAAAGCAACUGGCUUAUGGAGCAUUGUUUUCCCACUUCUCUAAAAAUGUACCUGUAUGCAAGAGCUCCAGAGAGAAGUUUAUUUAUUAGAUUAAGGUACGUUGAAUGAAGUGCAACUAGCCUUACAGACAGCAUGGGAAUCUCCACGUACAUUUAGAGACAAAAUUGGCAUUGGUCUUUUGUUGGAGGCGAGAGCAUUAACAAUUGACAAACGUUGCACAAUGGAAUUGAAUGUAUCUUAUUAAAUUGUUUGGCUGUUAUUGGUCUUCAUGGAGUCUGCCGGUUGUCUUGUGGGAAUCAACCAACAGUUUUUAUUCUGAGAUCAAUAGACGUAUACAAUAUUUAUCUUCCCUCUCCCUUUCUGUUAGUAGAUAGCUUCAGGUAUAUUCAGGGUAUUGUAGCCUGCCGGCCUGUUUUACAUGAGCAGGAAACUGCUUUUCAUAAAAAAAAAAAAAAAAUGCCAGGCCUGCAUUUUCUAUUACCGAGCGUCACGGCUUACUAGGAAAGUUCAUCAGAAAUGCUUUGAGCAGUCUUUGUCACCACAUAAAGCAAUUCUUUAAAAUGUUUGAGUCACUAAAAUAACCUCACCUCAUUACACUUAAUGUGGCCCUUUCUAUAUUCAUAAACAUUUAUGCCAGAUUAUUAGCUCAAUGCUAACGAAAUACAUGGUUUAAACAAAUUAACGUGUUUAUGAAUAUACAUACUACAAAAUGCUAUUUUGCACAUUUGUUUCUCAAAUAAACUUAGGGUCUUUUAUUUAUAUUUAAAAAAAAAAAUAUGAAGCUCAGUAUUACAGAGAUAAAAAUAAGAGAUAUUUUCUAAUAUUUAAAAAAAAAGAUUUUGGAAUUCAUUGAAAAGGCUUUCAGUAAAUACCUUAUAAGUGAGAGUGGUAUGAUUUUGAAAGCCCUGCUAUCUUUUGUAAACAAUAGCAAAAGUCUAACGUCAAGCAUUAUAAUUUAAAGUCUUUUUUCAGUUGCAUCUAUAGGCGUGUGCAAGACACAGUAAAUCAGAACACAUAACAUUUGAGAUCUGUGAGCGGUAGACUCCCGGAGCGAGGUGGAGUCCGUGUGCAUUCAGAGCUCCACAAAUAGGCUCAUUGGCCUGCAGUCUCCAAGGUCAUCAGA